CAGGGUGUGGUCUGAGACUGCCGAGACGGGACAAAGGAGACCUUGGAGGGGAAAAAAGUUUUCUGAAUCUUGUGGCUAAGAUUCUACUGAUCAAAACCACAGGAUCCCACCAGAAGCUGCUGUGAAGAGAAAGUAAGAAUGCAAAGGUAUUUCAGGAUGGAAGCAUGCCUUUGCCUUCUGCCAGGGAAGUAGGAUGCUCUGGUCUACGCUCUGUCUAGCCCUGGAAGCGUGAGAAAUUUCAUGGAGUUCAGAGGUCUUCUGGGUGUCCUUACACUGAAACUCUGUCGGACUGAGCCAUGAAGAGACAAGCAAACCAGUAGACAAGCGAUUGGUGCUGUUGAGGGAGGACAAGAUGUCUCACACGGUGGCCUUCACCUUUCCUGCCGCUGAGAGCAGGGAGGCUGCCAGCCAGGACAUAAGUCCUUACGAUGAAGGUGCUGUGCACGAUUCCUUCCACCAGCUAAUCGAGGAGCAGAGCUGGCUGGCUGAACAGGAGGAGGUGGAGAUGCAGAAUCUAGCUCCCAGGGGCAGAGAGAAUCUGGCCUACACGAUUUCUCCUCCCCGCCGGACUGAGGCUUGGGAGGCACCAGGACAGAUGGCAGAACAUCCUGACUUCUCCUCAGCCACUCUGCGCAUCCUGGCCAGCAUGCCCAGCCGAACUAUUGGCCGCAGCAGAGGAGCUGUCAUCUCCCAGUAUUGUAACCGCACUGCCAGGCUGCGCCGGAAGAGCAGCCGGGCCCCUCUUCAAGAAGUGUCCCGCUCCGCACGGCCCAGCAUCCGGCAGCUUCAUCUAGACCUGGAUUCCGGCCACGAGGAAGAGGAUACCAAACGCAGCCUACUGGUGAAAGAACUCCGGAGCCUGCCAGCCAGCCAGCGCAUCAGCAUGCUGAGAACAAUGCCUCUAAGCCUGGGCGAGAAGUGCAAGCUGAGGCAGGAAUCAAGUGGGCACUCAGGCACCUUGAUGAAGCCCAAGACAAGAGCUCCUUUGUCACAUUGCAGCCGGCUUAAAUACCACAUCAUCAUAGGGUUCCGGAAUCUCUGGUACAGCCUUCUGUCCCUCCGGCACACCCUCCAGCCCUGGCAUUAUUCCCUCAAGCAGAUCGGCGGCCGCUUUGGGUCCAGCAUCCUCUCCUACUUCCUGUUCCUCAAGACUUUGCUCAUGUUCAAUCUCUUCUUGUUUCUGCUCCUGCUGGUCUUCGUGGUUGCCGUGCAGGCUGCUUACCCUCCUACCACACCCAACACCAAAGCCUUCACGGGGCUUGAGCCCCUCACUGGAGCGGGCUACUUCAAUCACACAUUGAUGUAUUAUGGCUACUACAGUAACUUCACACUGAAUGACCCUUGCACAUUCAGCCUUAACAACAGCACAACUUGCAGGCAGGGCAGACCUGUCCAUCUCCCAUACAAUAUGCCACUGGCUUACGUGUUAGCCACCGGGGUCUCCUUCUUUGUGACCUGCCUUCUGCUGGUGUACAGCAUGUCCCACUCCUUUGGGGAGAGCUACCGCGUGGACAGUGCAUCAGGGGACCUGGCAAUCAAAGUCUUCUGUGCCUGGGACUACAAGGUGAUCCAGAAACGCUCCGUCCGACUUCAGAGUGAAAACAUCUGCACUCACCUGAAGGAAUGUCUGGCUGAGCGGCGAUCCAGGUCUCGCCCAUUAAACCUGUGCAAGAGACUGCAGAGGCUGGCAAUCCUACUGACGGCCUGGACUCUGUCUCUGGGCAUUGUUCUGGGAUGUGUCCUAGGAGUUCACUACUUUUCUAUAUACAUUUACCAGGUUCAUCAUGAGAAGCUCUUGACAAGCAACUACAUGGGCAGAGAAGCCCUGCUCCUGGCCCUGCCUCUGUUGGUGUCUCUGAUUAACUUGCUCAUCCCCUACAUGUACACCCUCCUGGCUGCCUGGGAGAAGCAGGAAUCUCCCGUCCUAGAGGUGUAUGUCGCCAUCUGCAGGAACUUAAUUCUGAAGAUGGUCAUCUUAGGGUUGCUGUGUUAUCACUGGCUGAGUAGGAAAGAGACGACUUCGGAAAUGGAGUGCUGGGAGAACUUUGUGGGACAAGAGCUCUACCGCUUGGUGGUGAUGGAUUUCAUUUUCUGUCUCUUGGACACCUUCUUCGGAGAGCUGAUGUGGAGGGUUAUUUUGGAGAAGAAGCUACAGAGUAAACGGAGGCCUGAGUUUGACAUUGCUCGAAAUGUUCUGGAGCUCAUCUAUGGACAAACCUUGACCUGGCUGGGAGUCUUCUUUGCUCCACUCCUCCCUGUUGUCCAAAUCUUCAAGUUGCUGCUCCUGUUCUAUAUUAAGAAGACCAGCUUGAUGAGAAAUUGCCAGUCUCCCAGUAAACCCUGGCGUGCAUCUCACAUGAGCACCAUUUUCAUCACCUUGCUGUGCUUCCCUUCUUUCCUGGGUGCCUCCAUAUUCCUCUCCUACACCAUCUGGGCAGUAAAACCAUCAAAGAUAUGUGGACCCUUCCGAGACCACGAGACCAUCUAUGAGUCUGGGAAGACCUGGGUUCUAAAGCUGGAGAAAUCCAACCCAAACCUCACCUGGUUUACCUGGAUCCACCAGCACCUGAUCCAGAAUAGCUUCUUCCUGUUUUUGAUUGCUGGAAUUUUGCUAGCUGUGAUCUACCUCAACUUCCAAGUAGUGAAAGGUCAGCGGAAAAUCAUUACCCUGCUGAAGGAGCAGAUUGCCAAUGAAGGGGAAGACAAGAUGUUUCUCAUUCAGAAGCUUCAUACUAUAUAUGGGAAAUGAGAAUGCAGCAAUUGAAGAUGAGCACAAUCCCAAGGCAAUAAUUUACAAGCAAGAUUAGAGGCAGAGGGUGUGUUACUAACAGCCAUUCUGGUAAGUGAGGAAUGUAAAAGAGCACUAAAAGGAAGAACUGAAAAAUAUUGGUGUUGUUGUUGAGUGGUGCAUAUUUAGGACCAUUAUUCUGAUUGUAAAAAUAAAACCAGUUCUCUAAUAACAAUGGCACCUGAAAUUUCCCUUUCAAUCCAGCAAUAUAUCAGUGGAUGGGCAAGAUGAACUUUUGCCUGAAAUGCUCCUUGUGAGAUGGAGAAUUGAUGUCGGCCCCUCUAGGAAUGCUCUGAGGAAUAGCCCGUGCUGCUGGAAAUGUCGGUCUCCUCUUGUCUGCCUUCAAGCUUCUCUGUGUUCAGAAGAUUGUGAGAAUCUCAUCCACCUUCAGCCCAAUAACAUCAAUUCUUAAUAUUUGUUGGCAGUUCCAGCUUCCAUAAACAGGCAAAUUGAAAUGUUCCUUGAGCUGGACCCAAGUACUUGAAUGAUACAGAAACUAAUGAUAUUUAAAGGAGAAGAACCAAACACUGACUUUUUAAGAAUUGUAAUGGCCCUUCCUUUGGGGCUUUGCACAGUGGAUUUGUAGGGUCAUGGAAGCACAACAAGAAGAUUGUAAGACAUUAGUUGGCAGGAUGCCAUUUUUACCAGGACAUCUUGAUUUGAUGCUAUUAAAAACAUUCUAUUUUGAAAAACUA